CACACAUUUACAGUGUCUAAAACAACGCAAAGGAGAGAGCUGUCUCCUCUGGAGUGCUUAGAUUGGAAACCAAACCCUGGAUUUUAAUAUUUUGGCUCUACAUUUACAUCUUCGGGUCCAAUUUGAAGAUAUUUCACAUUAAAACAGGAAUAAAACUCACAUUAUUUGAAAGAUGUUUCCCUGGUCAGUAGUGUUUUCCCUGGAGCCGAAGGUUCCCGGCCAGCGUACUCCAGAGGAGCUGGUGACCAACACUUUUGGCGCUUUUCCACUGCAUGGCUGGAGCUGGCCGAAACGGACCGAGCGAAUCCAGCUGGAGAAGGCAGCAGAGACUCGCAGACGCCGCAACUCUUCCUCUGCAGACUACAGCUGGCUGGCCGGCCCUCAGCCACACGUCCCCUACGAGCUCACGCCAGGAGACGUGCUGGAACUGCAGGACCUCUGUGCACAGAUCCCACCUCAACAGUGCGGCCCGGUCAUUGUCAGGUUCAGGAAGCUAUUGUCAGAGUUUGAGGCGGAGGUGCACGACGUCCCCAAACUGUUCCGGGGCGUCCUAAGAAACUGCCUGGAUGAGCUUCAGGGAGACGCAGAGCUCGAGAAUCGGGUGAACCGUUGGGAAAAACAGCGCAGCAAGAGCCUCUCCUUCGUCACGUUUCGAUCCAAGUUCCGCACCCUGAACCGCGGGAAGGGAAGCUUCGGUGGUUCCCGCAACGACCUGCAAGAGGAAAACACAUGGUCUGAUGAAGACGAGGAAGCAGCCGCCAUGCGCACCAGGAAGGGACGGAGCCUCAGCAUGCCAGAGAUCACUCCGCUUGAGCAGGCGGCUCAGAGAUUAACGAAAGGAAGAGAUGAAGAGAAAGACAGAGGAAAGAAGGAUUCGAAAAGCUUAAGUUGGCAAUGGAGGAGGAAAAAAAGAGGCGGCGGCAAAGAACAAGAGAAGGGAAGAAAAUCCGAUUCAAGGAGACAUCUUGAAAGACUAAAGCUUAUGCUUUCAGAUUGCAAGACAAACACUGUUCAUUUGUUAAUCGAACCAAAGAACACUGGCCUAAUCUUUUUUUUUUUUACUUUCUAACGUGUGCUUAAAUAUUUUGAAUAUUUGGAUGUAAAUAUAAAUAUUUGGCAUAAAUGUGUGCAUUUUCACAGCUCAAUUUUUCUGUGAUAGUGAAGCUCACAAAACUUGUCAAGAAUAUGUCCAGGUCAUAUUUCUGGAAAAAAAAAAAAAAGUGUUAUAAAAUAAGGGAACAA